AUGGCAACGCGCAGGAAAUAUCACCGAAUUAUUGUCUCCUCAUGUGAAGAAGAUGUCGACAAUGCCUUCGCCUUGCUGAUGGAUAUUUUGAAACGACCUAGCUUGGGCAAUUACGUGCGUCAUGUUGAAUGCCGCAACCCAACAUCCGAGCACAUGGAUUACAGUGAAGCCAAGUCUCAACGAGACUUGAGCGACGAGGAAUUGAAUCUUGUGCGAAAUGCAGUGAGAAGAGGUGGUUUCGCGGCCCAACAGGACCGACUGGUCAAUAUACUCAUGCAGAGGAUGGACAAAACGGCAACAUUUGCCUAUCGAUAUCGCGAGAGUCUUGCCACAUUCAUCACCCAAGCACUGACUGCUAUUCUGAUUGUGGUAUCCCCGAACAUUGUGUCGAUGGCUAUGACAAAUCCAUCUGGCAUGAUCUCCAAGCACGAAUCCGACUUCCCGCUUGCCGAGCUUCUUCGUCAAGCUAAUACUAGUCCUGAUGACAAGCCAUAUCUUCGAAACCUCCGCAGCGUUUACCUCAUAAAUAGACGCGACAGGUCCUGGGAUGAUGAUCGUUUCUAUCUCGAAAUGAACCUUUCUGGCUGCCUGACGCUGUUUAACAAUCUUCUGUCAAUUGAAUCUGUCCGCGUUGAUAUAAUGGAGGAGGAUGAGAACGAAACCCCAGAAAUCAGAGAAAAAUCUUCGAACAUCAGCAAGAUCUCCAUUCAUCAUUCAUCGGUUAGUUCACUCUAUCUCGUGAAUCUGAUAUCGUCGUGCAAGGUCCUCAGGGAAUUUGAAUAUUCCAUCGGAGGUAGAGCGAGCUCUGAUGGAGGACAUUUUACAUUCAACUCCAAAGCGUUCAUCAAAGCACUUUGCCCACAUAGGGAAACACUGGAAAUCCUCAAUCUCGAUGUUGAUAAUCAAAUUUCUAUUUUCAAAAUUGCAGACGAGGAAGAGAGGGACAUCCAGUUCAAUGAGUACGGCAGCCCCAAUGAAUCUGAUAUUAGUGAUGAAGCGUCUGAGUUGUACAAAUCAAUUUGGACAAACGCUGGGUCACUGAAAGAAUUUGUGGCCUUGAAACGGUUGAGCCUGGGGAUAAACUUUCUAUUAUAUUUUGCGGCUGGAGUUAGCGGAGAACCAUACAAGAGAAGGGGAAAGUUGGAUCUGGUAGAAUGUUUACCAGUUGGACUUGAGUACUUGUGUGUUCGGGGAUACCAGAAGGGCGAAAACAAGGAGCACGAUGACCAGAUGGAUGCUUUGAUGGGAUUAUACAAGUCUGGGUCUUCCCAACUGAAAGAAAUCGAGGGAAUCGAUGAAGAGAUUCCCAAUGCUCAAGAUGUUCAAGACCCCGAUAACAACGCCCAUUUGUUGUGGUCCUUGGAGGAUAUGGGGUAUGAGAGUGAUUAG